UAGUUAAAAUUGUUGCACAUAAUUAUAGCCCUAAUCUUCGAGCAGGUCCAUGUAACUUGACAAGGAGGGUGAGGAUAGCAUAGCUUUCGUUUGUGAACUAUGUGGCAAGGCAAGGAGAUGCCACGUGACCCAUCCUUCCAAAGCCACGCCCGGUUCAACCUCCAAUAUUGAUGCUUCACUGCUUCUCCAAGUCAGUCAUCUUUCCUCCCCCUAAACCCUCUCUUUCUUCUGUCUUCCCUUUUAUUGCUCAAAACCCAAACGAAAGAAUAAAGAAAUUGCAAGAUAAGAUAGGCCCAGAAAGGGGAAGAGAAAGAAUUUAUAUGGAGGAGCAAAAGAACAGGAGCAAGCAAGAUAUGAAGAGGACCCGGAUAAGCCUUGGCGGUGGAGAUGGCAUUGCAGGGGUCGUGGUGUUUGGAGGAGCCUUGGCUAUUGCAGGUUUGAUUGCGGUUUUCACUUUCAAAAAAAGAAGGAAGGACGCCGACCAUAACCCAAGAAAUCCCAGCGAUGUAUCCAAAGAAUCAAAGAACAGCAAAAGAGAAGAUGAAGGAAGUGAAGGGCUGCGCUUCAUUUCUCAAACCCCAUCGUUAAUCAAGGAUUACGGUUCAUGUUUGACAAGCCAUGGAACGCCACAGACGAGCGUUACCCAGAUUGAUCCUUGCGAGACUUUGGUGUCUGCCAAAAGUUUAAUGAUGGAAGAGAAACCUGUGAAUGAAAUCAGCGAAGAAAACGAGGACUCCUUGAGCGGUCAUCAAGAGAUCGUUAUUUGUAAUUAUUCAACACUAGAAAGCAUUGAUUCCUGCGAUGAUUGUGGUGUCGUGGGAAAAUAUUCGUUGCCAGUGCCGGAGAGUCCUAUUUUGAUUGAAGAAACAAUGGUGAAGAGUGAUUCCGACAUGGAGGAGAACAACUCGAUAUCAAUCAAAACUAUUGAAGACGAAAAGGCCGAUGAAGCUUCUUUGAUUGUCCAUGCAGAAGAGAAGGCUGAACACAACAAAUCAACAACUCAAUCAGAUGAAGAAGAGAGAGAUGAAGAAUCUCUGCUUAUAUAUAAUUUAGACAAGGCAGAACACGGAAAAUCAGCAACUCAAUCAGAUGAAGAAGAAGAUAGAGACGAUGAGGAAGGAAGCAUUGUGGAGGAAGGCGAGGAAAGCUCGGAAGGUACAACAGGGGACUCUUCCAUGGAAUCGAAUACCGAAGCAAUUUGGCCGGCAGAGUUUAUAUUGGAUUCAUCACAAGAAUUGGAGCGAACAGACUUCACUUUUCAAAACACUGUUGAGAAAACAGAGGAAGAAGAAGAUGAAACAGCUAAACUGGUCAAUCAUGAUUACUUUAACAGCACAGAGAAUGGCUAUGCCUUAAAGUAUGAAGCUGCUGAAGAACCCACUAUGAUUUGGAAGGAAACGCACAAGCCAGUGAAGGUAAAUAAUCAACCAGCACGCUCAUUGAAGUUUGGAAUUUGGAUUUUCUCAAUAAUGCUGCUGCUACUGCUGCUGCUGGCUACUGUUACUUGCUUUUAAAUAUCAGAAGGCUGUACCAACACCUGCCAUGUCAUAACUCUUUCAUUGUCCGGGAAUCGUAGAGAGGCUCUAGGCAGUGUAUUUAAUUA